CUUCUUUCCAGCAAAAAGAAAAAGAGAAAAGAGAAAAAGGAAAGUAAAGAAGAGCUUCAGCGCCUUCACUGAAAAAGACAAUAUAACCAAUACUAAUACCCAAGCAGGCUUAAACCAACCAUUAGCAGUUGAAGCUCUUGUUUAUUUGACAUUUGCAGUAAUGGCUUCCUUUUUCUGCUUCAUUCUCUUUGUAACUUCAUUCUAUGCUAACACAAACCCCAUUGAAGCAAGCUGGCCUACUGUAAAAUGCAGUCAUGACACACCUGAACCUGAUAUUCAUUUCCCUUUUCGGUUGAAAGGCCAGCUGCCUCAACACUGUGGUUUUGAGCUGUUUUGCAAAGAAAACACCACUAUGAUUCACUUCCCAUCUUAUGGUGACUUGGUUGUGAAAUCAAUCUCUUAUGAUACCAAAAAACUCCAACUUCUUGACCCCAAAAAUUGUGUACAUGAAGUUUUUCUGAAUCUCAAUCUUUCUACUUCGCUCUUCCGCUAUUACUACGUUGUGAAGAACUACACAUACCUCAAUUGUUCGGCUAGGCUUCCGCCUUCUUUCAAGAAAGUUCCAUGUUUAAGCGGCUCUACACAUUUUGUUUACACUGUGAAACCUUCUUUGGCUGUUCCAUUGUCUUGCAGCGUAGUGAAAACAAUUGCAAUUCCGUUUGCAUAUAGUCCUUAUAUCUCUGACAAUACUUUCGGACUUGGACUAACUUGGGAAUUGCCUGGAUGUGAAGACUCUGAAGGAAAAGGAGGCCUGUCUAAAACAACAUUUCUCAAUUACAUACCAUAUCGUCCAGGUUUGAUGUGAAACUGGGGCUAUACCUUGAGAAUCCUUGAUAGUCAAACAUUGGAUGAAAAGUCCAGAUGCAAAUUUGGAAGGAUGGUUUUAGAUUUUUGUCUUACAUUAUCUUGUGUAUAUGUAAUACAACUUUUACUUAAAAAGAAAUAGGAGGCUUUCUCCAUAUAUAGCAAAGUUGUAGUGUAAAUUUCAUGGCAACAUUAAUUGUCAUUGUAAAACUUACGUUCACCAAUGUUACAUAAUACACUAUCAUAUUGAGUGAUUGAGAGUAUGUUACGAUCCCACGUUAAAAAGAAAAAGGGUGGGCAUGUGGGUUAUAAAGGCUUGGGCACCCUCCUUUGGCAAGCCGGUUUUCCAAGGAGAGUUCUAUCCAAGCCCAUGAGAGACCCAUGGACCAGCCCAAAUUGUUGAGUUAUUGGAGUGGGUUCCUAUCAAUUGGUAUCAGAGCAUGAUCCUGGGCCUAUGUGGCAGCGCACGUGUGGCAGGCUGACCCGUGGUAGGUUGACCUUGGGCCCAGGCUGCUACCCCGAGAAAGGGCAUGGAGGCCCGAGGGAAAGGGGAUCUGCGUAGUCACCCAAGGGGUAAAGAGGCCGACGUGGACGUCGGUUGCGGAAGCGUGGUGGAAUGUUAGGGUCCCACAUUGAAAAGAAAAGGGUGGGCAUAUGAGUUAUGAAGGUUUGGGCACCCUCCCUUGGCAAGCCGGUUUUCCAAAGAGAGUUUUACCCAAGCCCAUGAGAGACUCAUGGACCAGCCCAAAUUAUUCAGUUAUUAGAAUGGGUUCCUAUCAGAGUAUAAAUGGUUGGAGAUAAGUUUCUUAUUUCUCCUUUAUUUA